AGCAGUGCCCAUAAAAUAUGUACUUAUAGUUAUAAUUAAAAGAAGAAAACAAUUGAUUAAUUAUUUAACUAUUUUAUUUUGUCAAAAUCUGUUUUAAUUUUUUAAUAAAAAAUAAAAAUACCUCUCCCCUUGACCCAAAAAAGAACGGUUUCAACCCGCCGUCACUGCUCCGACGCACCCAAUCGGACCUUAACAGUUAUCACAAACUCUCUCUCAAAGGUUUCCACUCAAAGGUUGAAUUAUAAAACAAUUCAAUGGCUGAAGAAACGCAAGUGGUUGAACCUGGAAGAGGUCUGGGGAAGAGGAAGUUUGGUAAGAUCCAAGGCCGUAAAAAGUCAAGUAAGAAACAAAAAGUUAUGCAGCCACCUCAUGGACAGAAGAAAGUUAAAAUCAACCAAAAAAUGAAGAAACUUUACAACAAGAGGGCACGAGAAUAUAAUUCUGACGAUGAUGAAGAUGAGACAACUGCGCCUGCUACUAUGAGGAAGACUAGAGGUGUGGCAUCUAUGAAGACUAGAGGUGUAGCAUCUAUCACCAAAAUAAAGCAUGAGGAGGAGGAGGAAGAAAUAGAAAGUGAAGAGCUAUCUGAAGAUGAAGGAGCAGCAGGAGGACAAAGAACACAGAAGAAAGUUAAUUUCUCUGAGGAUGAAGGAGAAGAUGAUGAUGAUGAAAUUCAGCCAGGAAUUACUAAAUUCUCCGAAGGUUGUAAAGCAUUCAAGAUGGCCUUCAAGAAUAUUAUAAAGAAGAGUGUUUCUGAUGACUUGUUGGGUCCAGUAUUAUCAGCACACAAGAAUCUUGUUAUAGAAAAGCUUGCGGAAGAGGAGGCAGAGCGCAAGGUUAAGGGAGAGGCAAAAAAGGAAAAGCUGCUGAUAGCUGAAAAGGGACAUGUCACGCCUGCUAAUUAUUUGGACUCACAUGAAAAGUUUCUAAUUAGUGUAGCGACAAAAGGAGUUGUCAAGUUGUUCAAUGCUGUCAACAAGGCACAAGUUGCUCAGAAAGGGCUGGACCCCUCAAAGAAUAGGGAUGCAAAAGAGUUAAAAAAGCGCACCAAAGAAGCCUUUUAUUCAGAAUUAGGGAGGCCAGCAGUUGGCACAUCUGCAAAGGCCAAUACAAGCACAAGCAAGGGAGAAGAUGAACAACCUUCUUGGGCUCCAUUACGAGAUAAUUAUAUGCUGACAAAUUCAAGAAUAAAGGAUUGGGACAAAAACAUGCCAGGUAAAAAUGAAUCAGAUGAUAUGGAAAACAUUUCUGAAGAAAGCAGUUCCGAUGAAGAUUAAGGUUUUGAAGCUUGAGAAAGCAGCAUUGAGGUGUUUCUAGUGGUACAAUCAGUUAGAUUUUGAAUAUUGUAUUCAUUGAUUUGUGUUCAUUUUGUUAGUAAUACAUCACCGAUUUUGAAUGCGUUCACUGAACUGAAUUUACUGAACAAUGUGAACAUGAUGAACAAAGUUUCAUUAUCUUUAUUUUCCAAUUGUAUUAGGAAUAGGAUUAUCUAUCAAGGCCUUUGUUCACAAUAUUUCUGUAAAUUAGCUUGGAUAUCAUACAAUGAACCGCAAGUCUUGGAAACUAACAAUUCUCUUC